CGCAGCCCAGAGAGCAGACUCGUCUUUAAAAGACACAAACAACUUUCAGUUACGGACCUUAGCUAUCAAAUAGACACACGACAACUAAAAGAAAUUAUACAAACUAAGCUAAAACAAGCUUCUUACCAUGAUGCAUGAUUUCUUAGAAGAACACUCUUUGAGGUACCCAAUGAAGAACGUCGACUGCACAGAAAUAAACUUGGAUUUUACGCACACAUUUUUGCCCAUCGUUUAUAUUCUGGUGUUUAUUAUUGGGAUUAUCGGUAAUUUCUGGGGUUUGUAUUCAGUGAGGAAGAAUUGGAGGAAACUUGGUAAUAUCAACAUCUUCGUGCUAAACCUUGGAGUUGCCGAUCUGCUCUACGUGUUUUGUUUGCCUUUCCUGGUGGUUUAUUACUACAAUAAAAGCAUAUGGAUCUUCGGAAAAACAUUCUGCAUGGUGACCAGGUUCUGCUUCAAUCUGAACUUGUACGGCAGCAUCGGCUUCCUCACAUGCAUCUGCAUUUACCGGUACCUCGGCAUCGUCCACACCAUGGAGGUGAUGGGAAGGAUUAAGACCCGACAUUCAAUGGGGAUAAGCGUGUUGGUAUGGUGUUCCGUUCUGAUCCAGAUAAUUCCCGACAUGUUUUUUGAAAAGACGCCGAAAAAUUCAUCCGAUUCAUGCUAUGACACUACAGCCGACGAACGGAUCAGGGAUUAUCUUCCAUACAGCAUCGGAUGGUCCAUAACUGGAUUCGGCGUCCCACUGUUCGUCAUCCUUUGGUGCUACGGCCACGUCGCGGUGGUCCUCGCAACCCGAGCCAACGUCGAUGCCCUGCUGAAGCAGCGGUGCCUGAAACUGGUCAUCAUCUUGAUCAUCCUGUUCUCCGUCUGCUUCAUCCCCUACCACGUGCUGAGGAACCUUAACUUGGUGACCAGGAUAUUUAAGCAGGACGGCACCUGCCACGAAACGUACAAGGACAUUUACGUCGCCCACCAGGUGAGUCGCGGGCUGGCUAGCAUGAACAGUGCCAUCAAUUCCUUGAUUUAUCUGCUGGGGAACGACGAUUUUCUCCUGCGCUUCCACGGGUUCAGCACGAGGGCCAGGAUGUCCCUGUCCCGAAUGGCGGGGGUCGUCAUCUACAAAAAGCCGCAGGAGUCGGACUCUAUAGACGCAGCUGCAUGAACAGUUUUGGGAUCGCUGACAGAUGCGUCCAUAACAGCUCUUAUCUUGGACCAUACAGUACGCCCCAGUCGUGUAACAUUACACCCUGAGCACUUUUGCAAAGUUACCCUUGACCUUCGUAGUUGACGCAUUGUGAAUUACGCGAUGUACUUUUCUUACGACUCUUAGGUCAUUAAAAGUUUUAAAUGUUUUGAAUAUCGUCCUUAAUUUUUUUUAUGAAUUAUGGGCAAAUUCGUAAUGGAAUAACGUGAACGUUUGAAAUGUAUUUAUACUAGUAGGUAUUGUUUAUUUUCCUUUCUUUUAACUUCGGUCUAUUUAAUCAAGAAAAUCUUAAUUUUGUGUUAUAUUUUUCAUUGCUUGUACAAUAUAUAUUUUUGUGUCAGUCUGUAUAAAAAUAAGAAAGAACAAUAAAAACGGGCUAUGUUUUUAAUUAUUAUUAUUAGAGAAAAGUUGCUGAGUGGGCAUACUGAGCUGCCUAAUUAACUAUAUUGGCAAAUUGUUAUAUGCUAGGCCUUAUUUAUAUAUUAGUCAUGUAUUUGUGAGCCUUGUUAAAUGUAUAGUGUUGCAAUAAUGAUUAAAUAUAAAAUAAUGGUUGAAUCGA